AUGGAAAGAUACGAUUCAAAAAUUAGUUUGGCUGAUUCUCCUACAUCAUCAUGCAUUACAAAAACAAAUCAUACUCAUGUUAUCAUUCAAACUAAUAGUGGUAAUAAAGGUGUUAUUAAAUACAUUGUGUUACCUGUCAAAAAUCUUGUUAAUUUUGGUCGACCAUUAAAAACAAAUGAUUUAGUUACAUAUAAGGUCGAUUUGAAGUGUCGUGGUACUAAUAGAGGAAAAAUUGUUUUAUUUGGAUCAGAAGAUGAUUGUACUCAACAAGUACAUAUAUUAUCCAGCGUUGGUGAUGAAAAUGAUGUUGAAAUCUCCGGUAUGGAUGAAACAAUUAAUACAUCUGAAAUACAAGUACAUGAACAGACAUUGCAUGAUCGUGUUUGUAAUAAUAAAGUGUUAAAGAAAGUAAUCGUUGGUACUUCUUCAUCUUGUAAAUCAUCUAUUACUUUUGAAACUUCUACAAACUCACCAUCAAUAAUUGAUUCAAAUACCUGCACGCCGAAAAAUAAUCGUACAACACCAGGUUCAUCAACACUAGGUUCAUCAACAUCAUUACAAACACCUGCAAUAAAUUCAAAUAAUAAACGUAAACUAAGUCCUGAACUAGGGGACGAAUUCAGUGGUAAUGAUGAAGACGAUGAAGAGCAAAAUGAUACAUGUCAAAUGGACAUUGAUGCACUUGAAGGAGACGAAGAAUACUUUUUGAAUAAAUAUAAUAAACUUAAACUUGAACAUCGUACGUUAGAGAAGAAAUAUAACAAACUUCUUCUGGCUUAUCGACGUUUAAAGAAAAAUAGUUUGCCUAUGCCUGGAGAUGAUGGACGUAACUGGCUUAUUCAAGUUGGCAGACAACUUGAACCGAAAUCAUCAGGUUUAACUACUGAUAGCAUUGCUGAAAAACUAGGCAUUAAAAAGACAUCAUUGUUGACAUCCUGUAUUCGAAAUAGUGCUUCCAAUACUACUCGUCAAAUUAUUAAAUUACUUUAUUCACCAGCUAAACGUCAAAAACGUCGUGGCAAGGAUGUACCCAUGGAAAAACGAAAAUUAAUUAAAGCAUUUGUUGUACAAGAACAUGGUACAAUCGACAAGCGAUCUUUUUGUGAAGCCAUCAAUGGUGUUUUCCGUAGUUAUGCUCAUAGUAUGAAGAAGAAAAAAGGUGUCGAAGAUACCAAGGCUUCGAAUCUAAUGAAGGAUCAGCAAGGUGAUUCGUCAAUCCAAGAUGAUAUCAAUGAAGAAGAUUCACGUUCUUCGGAAUAUGAUGAAGAACCUUCUAAUGAUGAAGACGAUGACUUAUAA